UGUCUGCAGUGUGCCGCGUGCCAGAAGCCGCUCACUGUCAGGUGUUACAGCAGGGACACCAAACUGUACUGCAGGAGAGACUACCAGCAGUUAUUUUCUGCCAAGUGCAGCAGUUGCUUGGAAAAAAUAGCACCCACUGAGUUUGUGAUGCGAGCUCAGGACAGUGUUUACCACCUCAGCUGCUUCUACUGUUGUGUUUGUGAGAGACGGUUGUGCAAAGGAGACAAAUUUGUCCUUAAACAAGGCCAGCUGUUGUGCAAGAGUGACUACGAAAGAGAGGCGCUCAGUCCAGCUGACUUAAACUCAGAUAACAGUGAGGCUGAAGACCUGAGUGUGGACGCAGAGAAGAACUGUGAGUCUGUGAAAGGUGUCGGUAACUACAAAGAUCCUCAUCGUUCCAAACGGCCACGGACCAUCCUCACCACCCAGCAGAGGAGAGUCUUCAGAGCCUCCUUUGAAGUCUCCUGCAAGCCCUGCAGAAAAGUGAGAGAGACACUGGCUGCAGAGACAGGACUCAGCGUUCGUGUGGUCCAGGUCUGGUUCCAGAACCAGAGAGCAAAGGUAAAGAAGUUAGCGCGCAGACAGCAGCAACAGCAGGAUGACCACAGCAGCCAAGGCCGAGGCAAAGUGGUCAUUACAGAGGACAUAUCAGAGUGUAUGAAGGGCCUGCUUCAGCCAUACCCACGGCCCCUACUAAUGAAUCAGCAGCAUCACACGACCUUACACCACACCGGUCACAAUGCUGAUCCAUUCCAGCAGGGCCUCACUCCCCCACAGAUGCCUGGUGACCACAUGAACCCCUACGGUAUUGACAACUUUAUUCAAGAUUUUUAUGGUGACCCUUCACUGACAAGUCUAAGUGACUGCUUUCUGGACAUUGCCCAUGGCUGAUCUCUGCAGGCUCAAACGGAAACCUCCACCAAUCACCUGUACUUUAUACCUACUUUGGCCACUGAGAUGCUGACAUCAUCUGCCUCACCAUCUGAUUCAACUCUAAUUUCAUACAUUGGAAUUUAUACAAUUAUUUACAUUCAUACAGCAAGUACACUCCAAAUUAAAACACUCACAUAGAAAUGUUCCGACUUAAAUAAAAGAUUUGUAGAGAACGUUUUGACUUACACUUUUAAAACCCGGUGUCUGAGAAAGACACUGCGUUUCCUACUGUGGCUGUAAGAGGCAACACAACAACAACAACAGCAACAACAAAGACAACAAUGAAGGAUCUAACUUUAAACACAUGAUUAAAAGGCUGAAGUUCUAAAUGGUUACAGACUCCAGUAUGCUUUAAAACCAACUUCUCUUUCUGACACUUUUUGGCCCUUGUUGUCUUAAAACAGCUCACAAGAGCUUAACUGUAUUUUACUGUGCGUUUAUGUGUAAAUACCAAUCUCUGUUUUACAUUUAUUUAUUCCCCAUCGUUGCUUGUAUGCAAUAAAAGAUUGUUUCAUAAAACAGUAUAAUGCCAAUAUGUUUUUUUACCUGGCUUUGUUUAUUAUUUAUUUUAAUUAAUUCCGUUUUAAGCUUAAUUUAUUAAUUUUUUUGUUGGUUUCUUCAAUAAAAAUCCCUGUUUUCUCAGACGUUGUUGCCUUUUUAAUUGGCAUUGAAACAA